AUGAUUCAGUUUGUCAGAAACAACUCCGGCCUGAUCAACAUCUUCAGUGGUUAUGGUCCUCUCACUGUGGAGUGGCCGGGUAAGGACGGAAAGCAUCCUCGCUGUCCUCCCAAAGGCUAUGUUUACCUGGUUUUUGAGAAUGAGAAGUCUGUCCGAGCGUUGCUCCGUGCCUGCUCCCAGGACCAGUUCCCCCCCGAGGACAACAGGGAGUACUACUUUAAGAUGUCCAGCCGCAGGAUGAGAUGCAAGGACGUGCAGGUCAUCCCCUGGGUGAUCUCUGACAGUAACUACGUGCGCUGCCCUGCCCAGCGUUUGGAUCCCAGUAAGACGGUGUUUGUGGGUGCACUGCAUGGCAUGUUGAAUGCUGAGGCGCUGGCCAGCAUCAUGAACGACCUGUUUGGAGGCGUCAUGUAUGCUGGCAUUGACACGGACAAGCACAAGUACCCCAUAGGCUCUGGACGUGUCACUUUUAACAAUCAGCGCAGUUAUCUGAAAGCUGUGUGUGCAGCAUUUGUGGAGAUUAAAACACCCAAGUUUACAAAGAAGGUCCAGAUCGACCCCUACCUGGAAGACUCCGUGUGUCAAGUUUGCCUUCGCCAACCUGGACCUUUCUUCUGCAGAGACGAGUUGGACAUAAAUGCAUAA